AUGACGCCGACCACCUUCUCCUGCCUCUCCAUCCCUGUCGAAGGCUCCGUCCCCAUCGUCCCACCCAGCGACCCCCGGGCCCAUCCACAGGCCGCUCAGACUACACCAACCGCGAUGCGCAGGGCCCCGAGGCAGUCCAAGACGGACGCACUCGCCGCAAUGCGCUCCCAAGCCGACUCGGACAGCAACGACUCUUCUCCUUAUCCCACCCCUUCCAACUCUUCGCAGAAACCAGAAGCAGCCACGGUAUCACCCCCCAUGGACAUGUCGACGGUCAAGACGGCCAGUCCGCGAUAUCCGCCAACCCGGAAGGCACCCAGGCCGUUCGGGCUCGAAGAGUGCCCCACGUUCUACCCCACCAUGGAGGAAUUCAAGGAACCCAUGGCCUACGUGCAGUCAAUAUCAGAGGAGGGAAUGAAAUACGGGCUGUGCAAGAUUGUGCCUCCGUCAGGGUGGAAGAUGCCGUUCGUCACCGAUACCGAGAUCUUCCGAUUUAAGACUCGCGUGAUGACACUGAAUUCGAUCGAGGCCAGUUCACGCGCCAAACUAAAUUUCCUCGAGCAGCUCUACCGCUACCAUAAGCAGCAAGGCAACCCCCGCGUAUCCGUCCCGACUAUCAACCAUAAAGCGCUCGAUCUAUGGCGUCUCCGUCGAGAGGUUCAUGACCGAGGCGGAUAUGAGGAGGUCACGCGCCACAAGCUGUGGGCCGAGAUCGGCCGCGCGCUGGGCUACACCGGCAUACCCGGCCUCUCCGCCCAACUCAAGAAUUCGUACACACGCGUCAUCCUCCCCUACGAACACUUCCAGCACCAUGUCCGCAACUCCGAAAUUCUCUCCCCGAAUAAGAUCACCCUCAAGCCUCCGUCGCGCGCUACCCCUGCCGAUAAGGACGAGCUACCGACCUUGCGUGCUGCCAGUGCCGACAGCAGCCCGCCUUCGAGCCCACUCACGUCGAGCUCAAGUCCGUUGUCAGAGCCUCCGGACGAUGGCGAUCACAAGGAUAUCCUGAGCCGCAGCGACUCCAAGACCAGGCGGGCUGGCCGCUCCGUAUCUCGGGGUGCAAAGACCCCUGGACCAAGCUCUGCACCCCCAGCUGUCACUCCGGCAGCCACUGAAGAGCCAGAAAGGAAGCGUAAAGAACUUAAAUCCAACGAGAGCUGCGAGAUAUGCCAGAAAAAGGAUCGGGGCGAGGAAAUGCUGCUAUGCGACGGUUGCGAUUGUGGCUUCCAUAUUUUCUGUCUCGACCCGCCACUGGCCAGCAUCCCGCGGGGCCAAUGGUUCUGCCACACCUGCCUUUUCGGCACCGGCGGCGACUAUGGCUUUGACGAGGGCGAGGAACACUGCCUAUCCAGCUUCCAGAAGCGCGAUCGGAUCUUUCGCCAGAUGUGGUGGACACGUCACCCGCCGCCAGCAUCAGCGGAGGCUAUGGAUGUCGACGACGAUCCGACGGUGAAUCGAUACGAGGGUGUGAACGUGAGCGAGGACGACGUCGAGAGGGAGUUUUGGCGGCUGGUUCAAUCGCCGCGCGACACGGUGGAGAUUGAGUACGGCGCGGAUGUACACUCGACGACACACGGCAGUGGGAUGCCAACACUGGAGACGCAUCCACUCGAUCCGUACGCGAAAGAUCCGUGGAAUCUGAGCAAUAUCCCGAUUCUCGCCGAUUCACUGCUACGCUAUAUCAAGUCUGACAUAUCCGGCAUGACGGUUCCGUGGACAUACGUCGGCAUGGUUUUCUCCACGUUCUGCUGGCAUAACGAGGAUCACUACACAUAUAGUAUCAAUUAUAUGCACUGGGGCGAGACCAAGACCUGGUACGGUAUACCCGGGAAGGAUGCAGAGCUCUUCGAGGCGGCCAUCAAGAAAGAGGCGCCCGAAUUGUUCGAGGCGCAACCAGACCUGCUAUUUCAACUAGUGACGUUGAUGAAUCCUCAGACGCUUAGGGACGCCGGAGUCCCGGUGUACGCGUGUAACCAACGGCCUGGUGAAUUCGUGAUCACUUUCCCCAAGGCUUACCAUGCAGGUUUCAAUCACGGGUUCAACUUCAACGAAGCUGUCAACUUCGCUCUACCACACUGGUUGCCGUUCGGUUUGGAUUGCGUGCAGCGGUAUCGCGAGCACAAGAAGCCUCCGGUCUUUUCGCACGACGAGCUCUUGAUCACGAUCACUCAGCACUCUCAAACCAUCAAGACCGCAUUAUGGCUCCAGGACAGUCUCCGCGAAAUGACAAACCGCGAGAUGCGCAUGCGCGAACAAGCACGGGCCGACGGGCUCGGGGAGGUGCUCGAGGAAGAGGACAAACCCGAGGACCAGUAUCAAUGCACAACCUGCAAAACGUUUUGCUACUUGUCCCAGAUCACGUGCCAGUGCACUAAACUCGUCUCCUGCAUCGAGCAUCGGCAGCAACUGUGCGCUUGCCCAGCUAACCGCCGAAUACUCCGAAAGCGAUUCACGGACGCAACCUUGCGGGAGACGCUGGCCAAAGUGGAAGAGCGCGCCGCCAUCCCCAAGCAAUGGCGCAGCAAGCUCCACAAGCUAUUGAUGGACAGCGCUCGCCCCCAACUCCGCAGUCUGCGCGCUCUGCUCGCCGAGGCCGACCGUAUCAAUUAUCCGCUGCCGGAGGUAUCAGCCCUGAGGAAGUGCGUUAUGCGCGCUAACGAAUGGGUGGAAUCUGCCAAUGCGUUCCUUGUACGUAAACAGACGCGCAAACGAUCGCGCCGGUCCCGCGCUGCCAACGGAAUCGAGGACGGCGAGGCGAAAGAACGCACUUUGGACGACUUGCGCAAGGUGCUGGAUGAGGUCGAAGACCUGGGUUUCGACGCCCCAGAAAUUGCGUCCCUGCAGGCCCUCGAAAAGCAAGCGACAGAUGCCAAGGCGCAAGCACAGGCUCUCCUAGCUCCUGCUGCACACGAACGGCCAGGUUACAUACAAGAUUGUGAACGACUCAUCCUAGACUGUUCUACACUCAACGUGCAGGUGGAGGAGCUUGCUGAGCUGGACAAGAUAGUCGCCAGUGAGCAGCUCGUGCAGGACCUUUCCGUACGGCUUGCGAACGACGAACCUUUGACCUCUGGGGAGGUUCAGCAGCUUCUCGGUCGUAUCCGCACAUGCGGCCUUCCACCCGACAACAAGUACGUGAUGAUGCUACACGCACGAAGGCACGCGGCGUCGUCUUUCGAGGAGAAGGUCCGUGAACUCCUAGCUGAUCCGCACAAGACGAUCGAGCAGAUGGAGGAGUUGGCCGCGGUGGAUCCGAGCCUGCCGGUAGAUCCAGAAGUCAUGGGUGAUUUGCAGCUGGUGAUCGUUAGAGCCAAGGAGUACCAAGCCAAAGCGAAAGCCUGGCUGGUUCCUGACUCAGGGUCUGCGAAACCUCGUGUGGAGGAGGCGAUGGAGCUAGUGACACUGGCAGAAAACGAGUUCAACAUCUUAGCGGUCCAAGAUCUCAAGCGAACCACGGAAUUCGCCCAGGACUUGGAAGCUCGGUGCGAAGCUGUACACGAGCAUCGCUAUCGCCACCGCGAAGAGGAGGGCGAUCUUUUUGAGAUGUUCGACAAAUGGAAAGCCUACGGCAGAGAUCACCUCACAAUGUUCUAUAUGCCCAACUUUGAGAAGUUGGACGUGCAGCUCAAGCUGCAUUAUCGCUGGGUGGAAAGCCUUCCAUGGUACUGCGCUCAGCAUCACGAGGCGCAUGGGAAGCAGAUUCUUGAAGACGUCAUAGAAUCCACACGCCCAGAAGACGAUCUGCCACCCAAUGACGAAUACUUCACUUGCAUCUGCACGCAAGCAGUCCGCCCUCCGCCUGCUGGGACGGUGUCCGAUGCGGUUCAAUGUGACCAUUGCUACGCCAGGUUUCACGGCGUGUGCGCUGCCAAUGGUGGCUCCUGUCCAUUCUGUGAUCAUCAUCACUGGAAUGGGACCAUACACAAAGACCGUAGCUGGCAUUUCUGCUACCUGCCAACCAUUUUGCUUUCUGCCCCAGACAUCACGCGCAACUACUCGGAGGACUGGAAACAACUAGAAAUUAUAGUGCACCGGGUAGACCGGCUAUCGACCGUCAUCGGUCAGUUCCUGUCAUUUUCAUCCAGCCCCGGGAACCAGCGUCCCGAGUAUAUCCCGCAAGUCCGCCACUUCAUGCGAAAGCUGUACAAGAUCCAGUUCGCCGUCUCGCCCAGCCCGGAAGUUUCAUUCGGGCUCGAUCUUGCAGGUUUGCACCGCAUUCUGGCGGGACAACCGGCGCCAGCGCGCACGAAGAAACGUAGACGGCCCAAAUUCACGUUCGGUCAGGAUAUUGAUAAAAAUUGGGUUGAUCAUACGCGCUGCAUCUGUCGUGGUCGGACGUCAUAUCUCGUUUCAUACCCGACGGUGACCUGCGAAAACUGCAACAGGCUCUAUCAUGCAGGCUGCGUUUUCUUCCCCCUAUACGAGAACAAAGACCAACAGAAGCAGAACUUCAUGUGCCCGCUUUGCUGUUUGCGCAAGAACAGGCCGUAUCCAUACGCAGAAGUGCGAGUGAAGGAUAACGGUGAGCAACCGAACGAUCCCGACCUAUACGUGGACGUUCCUGCGAUGAUGGAUAAUUUCGCGAAAGAAAUCAUCUACAGAAAGAUGCCGCCUCCCUACACGAAGACGCUGUUCGUGGAGCUGACCGCAAACGCCGCCUUGCCCAAGUGGACCAGCGACUCCGCCGCGUCCUACUGGUCCAAUGACGCCCCCACGCCCGUGCGAUCUGCAACCACGAGCUCGGUUAACUGGGCCGCAGACGCCGCCCUGGCCGACCCGGCCACAGACGCCACCGCUGCCGCGAUACUUCGGCCCCGGCACACCGCCGCGGCCAUCGUCACCUUCAACGUCGCGGAAGCGUAA